AUGCUCCCAAGCGCCGUGGCCUCACCUGUGCCAGUUCGUUCCAGGCCGCCCUGCGAAACCAGAAUCCAGCACCGGGCACUGCGACGGUUUCCGGCGUCAUGCAUCACGCCUCUGUGGCUGUGCCCCGCUUGUUUCGCUCUCCGUCGCCCAGAAAGGGCGCGAGGCCCGGGCUGCCGAGCCGUGGCUGUGGACGUAGAGGAGCCGACCGAAGCCGAGCGACUCGCUGAGGCUUUUGCACAGCAGCUCGGCGCAGCAGAAAGAGGCUCAUCCGACUCUGCCGGCGUCCAGCGCGCCAAAGAGGAAGCGCUGGAAGAUGCCGCACAGCUACAGCAGCUACUCUGGCGAAAGGCGCACCCCGAGCGUGCCAAGGAGUACGCAGAAGCCGCAGCGAGCGGCGAGAAGCGGCUCUUCGAAUUCGAGGACCAGGGCACAGUGAAUGCAUUGCUAAAUGCCUUCGUCCGGGACGUCCGCGUGAAAGCCCAAAGCAUAGACCGAGAAGUGCCACCAGGCGUGGAAUCCAAGGUGGUCCACCUGCUGCGCCACGGUCAAGGCUUUCACAACAUGCUGGAAGGGUUCGAGGGCAUGGAGGGCAUCGUGAGCCCUGAGACAACCCAGGUCGAAGUCGUCGAUGGGAAGCGGUGGUUUAUCUGCGAGUCUUUCGACAAGCUCUUCAGGUCUGAGCACGGACCGCGUACCGUGGUGGGCCUGCAACUCUACGGCGCGAUUAGCUGCCGCAUCGCGACCAGCCGAGACUACGGCGCCACCUGGGCUACCGUGCCACAGGCGACGAUCGCCGCAUCGGGGACGACCAGGCGAAUCAUGUUCCAGAAGCCGGUGGCCUGCACUCAUGUCGGUGUACAGCCGGACCGGCAGGUGGACUCUCUCGAAUAUGAUUUGCUGGUCCCAGCUUUGGCGCGCCACGAGCUUCUUGAUCCCUCCCUGACGGCCUUGGGCCGGGGAGAAGCUUUGGCUGCGAACCGUGACGCGGUACAGCAGCAGCUCAGCCCGAGGUUGAUCGUUGUCUCGCCCAUCACUCGCGCGACGCAGACGGCGUUUCUGGCCUUCCAGCACCUCCUCAUGGACAACGGUCUCCCCAAGCGCGGUGUGCGAUUUGUGGCCCACGAGGGUCUUCACGAACGUGGUGGUGGCAGCACCUGCGACUGUCGGCGGCCACGCCGAGAACUGCAGAACGAGUUCCCCCACGUGGAUUACCGCCUGCUGAAGCAGCAGGACCCGCUGUGGUCUGCACAGCGGGAGUCCCAGGCCUCCAUGGUUGCCCGCCUCCAUCGCUUCUUCAAAUGGCUGCGCACCUGCCCCGAGGACGAGGUGGCCUUGGUGGCUCAUUGCAGCAUCAACUUCACCAUGCUGAAUGCGGUCGUGGAUUGCUCUUUGGAUCCGCACUUGGCCGAUUGGUUCGUGACUGCCGAAAUGCGAUCCAUGCGAGUCCUGUGGGAGGAGCCAAGGAAGGAGAGCGCGAAAUUCAUCGACGGUGGACACCUCGUUGGGCUGGCGAAGGGACACUGCCAGCUCUACCCGCAUCUACUGCUCAUUGCGCAAGAAGGUGAUGAAGACUCGGUCCAUCUGCGACGCGACUACCAGGAGUACGCGGCCAGCGGCCAUGUGGCCCUGAUCUGUGGAGGUGGUGCCGGUCACGAGCCGCUGAUGGCCGGAUUCGUUGGCCAAGGUCUCCUCACGGCCUCAGUUACUGGGGCACUCUUUGCUGCCCCCUCGCCUGGCGCCAUCUUCCGUGCCAUCAUGGCCGCGGCUGGCCCGGCAGGCUGCAUCCUCAUCGUGAAGAACUAUCCGGGCCUUCGCUUCAACCACGCGGUGGCUGCAGAGCGCGCGAGGAGCAAAGGCGUGACUGUGGAGUUGGUGAUCGUGGCGGAUGACGUCGGCUCUCAGCAGGGCGAAUCGGAGGCCUCGCGAUGCCUCGCGGGUGCAGCGGUGGUCAUCAAGGUGGCGGGCAGCCUUGCAGAGGAUGGCAAAGACCUCCACGAGGUGAGAGCAGCUGCUCAAUCAACGGCCGAUGCCACAAAGACCAUGGCUCUCGCCCUGCGAUGGCGCGGCGUAGAUUGGAUCCUUGAGCUGGGUGUUGGGAUCCACGGAGAGGCCGGGGUGCAAGAGAUGUCCUCACUCGCGAGCCUUCCUGGUGCCACAGAUGGCCGCUUUGCCACCGCCGCGGUGCGAGCGCUGCUUCGGCAGCUGCUCCCAGCGACGAAUCUGCCGCCUGGUGAAGGCGUCGUGCUGGUCCUGAACAACCUCGGAGGCACGUCCCCCUUGGAGAUGUCAGUGCUGUGCGAUGCCGCCUUUCGCCAGCUGCAGGCCCUGGGUGCCGAGGUCGCUGGUUGCGUGCAGGGUACCUUGGUCACCUGCUUGGACAUGCAUGGAGUCUCUUUGUCCUUGGUUCCCCUGGCCGAUGCACCAGCAGAGCUACUGGAGCUCUUGGCGGCCCCAGCGCAGGUGGGAUCCGCUUGGCCUGGGCUUCUCAUCCCUCCCGCGAACUCGGAGGCCGUAGUCCGGAACGAUCUGGUGCGCAGCCCGGCAGCCGGCACCGAGACUGGGGCGGCGGCGGCCCAAAUACGCGCGGUUAUCUCCGCUGCAUGCCAGAUGCUCAUCUCUGACUCCACAGUAAAAGCUCUGGACGAGAUGGACUUCGAGUGUGGGGAUGCCGACUGUGGUGGCACCCACCGGGACGCUGCCGAGGCCCUCUUGGCCACCCUGGAGGCCGUGCCAAGCGAGCCAGCGGAUGCGCUUCGGUUCUUGGCACACCAUUUGGAACACCAGUGCCGUGGUGCCAUUGGUGGAAUCUACGUCUUGGGUUUAGAGGCGGCUGCCAAACAAGUAGGGUCCACGCCUACGCUUGUCGAUUGGGCAGAGGCGCUUGAUGCUGCUGGAAAGGCCAUCCAGGAGUAUGGCGGGGCGCAGCAGGGAGACAGGACUAUCCUGGAUGCGGUGCUGCCUGCGGCGGAGGCCUUGCGAGCCUGCGCAAAGUCGCCGAACGCACUGGCCGAAGCCGUGAAGGCGGCGAAACAGGGCGCCAAGAAGACCCAGCAAAUGGUGGCGAAGAAAGGACGUGCUGUCCACGUGCCACACAGCCGACAAGCACGCUCGCCCGACCCGGGUGCCGUAGGCUUCGCAAAGUGGCUCGAAGCGGUGGAGAGGGCACUCCGGGAUUAG